AUGGCAGAUGGCUCGCAGUUCGUGCGAGUGGUGCCGAGCCCAGCGGCAGAGGAUUCGUCGCCCAACACGGGUGACCUUGUACAGUUCACCACUGGGAUUUAUUAUGUGGAAGAGGAUGAGGAGUUCCUGACCGUGGACAUCAUGCGGCUGGGAAGCCUCCGCGGGACUGUGACGGUGGAUUUCUACACCGAAGAUGGUUCUGCAAAAGCUGGCAAGCAGUACCACAAAGCCUCCGGCCAGGUCGAGUUCAAGGACCGCGAGUACCGCCAGUCUAUACAGAUCCAGACCGUUUCCAGUCCACUUUGGAGUCCAACGCUCGAGUUCAAGAUCCACCUGGUGAAUCCAACUGGAUGCUCGGUAGGCAUGCACUUGAGCUCAUGCCGAGUCAAAGUGAUUGAUGCGGAUCCGUUCCCAUCGAGCAAAUACUCCGACCUGCUCCUGCAAGGUGAGGAAGGCGUGAAGAAGAUCCGUAGAAUUUGCCUCCUUUGGGAGUACUGGAAGCUUUGCAUACUUCAAGUCCCCGGGAUCGGACGCCGCACCUGCGCCACCCUGAUCCUGGAUGAGUUCCGGAAUGCCAAGCGCCUGACGAUUCUGCUCCUUCAGGUGUACAUGGUGGAUGUCGUUUUCAAUACCACCGACCCUGAAGCGGAGGCACAGCUCAUUGGCUCCUCCCGACAAGAGUCGGCGAUCGUAGUGGGCGUCCUACUCGCUGCUCCCAUGCUGUUAGUGCACAUCGCGGCUCUGAUCAAGGCCAAGAUGGACUUGAAGGGACAUCUGCACCUGUUUCUGCAGCGCAGCCUCUUCAGGAAGUACUUGAACUACAGCGAGGAGUCACGAAGCUCAGUACCUCCAGCACUAAUGCAGAGUGCCAUCACGCGAGAAUCUGAAGAAGCCGCCACAUCCUUCGGCAAAGUUCUGGACCUCGUUGCGAUUUUAUGUCAGCUCGUGAUCUUCGCGUACUUUACCAUCAUGGAGAACCCUACGGCAAUGAUCUUCAUCUUGGCGAUGCCAUGUAGCAUGCUGCUCUAUUUCACCUUGGUCAGCUUGUGCCGCGGAGAGCGUGAUCAGUGGAAGGAGAUCGAAGACCAGAUGUUGUUUUUGGUGGACGAGGUAUGCCACCGAUACCGGCUGGUGGCAGAUUAUUUUCAGAGGCCUCAGAUGAACGAGGAGUUCCAGAAGACCAGUGGCGACCUUAGGCGCGAGAUGGUUCCGGACCACCUCAGAGAUGCCAACGACAACAUGUUCCCAAAGUGGCUUGGCCCCUUUUUCAUGGGCCUCUACGUGUCGAUCGAGGCCGGCAGAGUACUGGAUGGCUCCUUAAGCUUGGGCACCUUCCUUGCCACUGUGGGCAUCAUGAAAGACAUCAGCGAAGAGUUCGAAGAGGGUUAUGCCAUCAUCUUGGAGCUCACACAAUUCUACUACUCUGUGGUGGACUUGACCGUCUUCUUCAACAAGCCAACGGAUCUCCGGACAUGGAAGGCAGUGAAUCGACAGCGGCGGGACGAGUCGCCACUCUCCUGCGCUUUUGGGCGCACUCAGGCCUAG